AGUAGGUGGGGUUGGUGGUAGGUUGCGUAGCAGCAUCCGUAGAGCCCUGUGUCUGCUGGUGGCGUCAGCUGCUGAUAGGGGGAAGUAGGGAGACCUAGAGCCCGGGCGUCAGAGACCCCCCCCGCCCCGGGACAGGCGGCGUUAGGUCUGUCGGGGUCGGGGCUCGUCACGUGUGUAGUGUUGGUGAUGAGCGAUGGGGUAUGAUGUAAGUCGUUUCCAGGGUGAUGUUGACGAAGAUCUUAUUUGCCCCAUUUGCAGUGGGGUCUUGGAGGAGCCAGUGCAAGCUCCUCACUGCGAGCACGCAUUCUGCAAUGCAUGCAUUACCCAGUGGUUUUCUCAACAACAAACCUGUCCAGUCGACCGCAGUGUUGUAACUGUCGCCCAUUUACGUCCAGUUCCCCGCAUCAUGCGGAAUAUGCUAUCAAAGUUGCAGAUUACAUGUGACAACGCAGUUUUUGGCUGUACUACCAUUGUGCGACUUGACAACCUCAUGUCUCACCUUAGUGACUGUGAACAUAAUCCAAAACGACCAGUGACAUGUGAACAGGGUUGUGGACUAGAAAUGCCCAAAGAUGAAGUACCAAACCACAACUGCAUAAAACACCUUCGCUCUGUGGUUCAACAGCAGCAGAUACGAAUAGGGGAGCUGGAGAAAACAGCUGCUGAGAGCAAACACCAGCUCUCUGAACAGAAAAGGGAUAUCCAGUUGCUGAAAGCCUACAUGAGAGCCAUCCGAAGCGCCAAUCCAAACCUACAGAACCUAGAAGAGACUAUAGAGUACAAUGAAAUCCUUGAAUGGGUAAACUCCUUACAGCCAGCACGUGUGACAAGAUGGGGCGGGAUGAUAUCCACACCAGAUGCAGUCCUACAAGCUGUCAUCAAGCGCUCUCUGGUGGAAAGUGGCUGUCCUGCCUCCAUCGUAAAUGAGAUUAUUGAGAAUGCUCAUGAGCGUAACUGGCCACAGGGUCUGGCCACACUUGAGACUCGGCAAAUGAACAGGAGGUAUUAUGAGAACUAUGUGGCCAAACGUAUUCCUGGCAAGCAGGCAGUUGUGGUGAUGGCUUGUGAGAACCAGCACAUGGGGGAGGAUAUGGUGCUGGAACCUGGACUAGUGAUGAUCUUUGCUCACGGAGUCGAAGAAAUUUAACUGGACACCAAACAAACAAAAUCUGUACUCCAGUUGCUAUAUCAUCUGCUCUAUCUUCAGUAAGAAGCAGCUUGUUAAUCUUUAAGUAACCAUGAAUAUCUACUGUCUCCAGACCCAACUGCUGCAACUGAUACCUAAUGACUGGGUGCUUAGUGAUCCCUUUCAUUGGUUUUCAAAAAGGAAUAUCUCUAUAAACCUUAAUUUGGGGCUGGUAUUUAUGGAAAUCGAAGAUGCACUAUUAACACAGUUUAAUGUUUGCUGCACAGCUGGCCUCCUUGGCUUAGAUUCAUCUGGGAUGGCUAGGAAAGACUAGAGUUUCAAGAUUAACUUAAGGACAUGGGAGAAGGAGAUGUUUGUUAGGGGAGCAUUAAUGGGCAUUUUACAAAAAGGCAGUGCAAAAGCACAGUCUCUCUGAUCACUGGUGUCUGCUAGGACAUUGAUAUCCUGUAACUUGAACUCAUGCAGACUCAUUUGGACUUGGAUCUUGUUGGAGUGGGCUAAAAGAGAAAGUAGAUAUUUUUUUAAUCCCUUUAUCAUUUAGUACUUUUGACAAGUUCAGUACGCUUUGGCAGGUAUGGCUUUUGUCACAGUAUAUUGAUAGCAGGUUGUUGCACAAAAAUGCACUCAUGAAACCAAAAUCAAGCAGCUCACCAAUGCCAUAUAGUUACACGUUCCUGCUACGGGGCAGGUGUGUUAAAUGUGUCACGUCAAACACCACAAUCUGUCCUCAAUAAAUGGAAAUUUUAGUGGUUGCAGAAUACUCUAGUGUUGGGCAUAUAUUAUUUACAGAACAUGGCGUAUUUGUUUACCUGCUAUCUUAACACAGCGACACGCAUUUUCAGUUCACAUGCAAUAAUGGAUAUGCAAAAUCUGAGUGUUUGGAGUCUUUUGUAUUGUUUGUAUACUGCAGCAAAAUGUUGAUUUUUCUCUGUUUUUAACACAAACAUUUCGACUGUGGCCAGCUCUGUUGUUCAUGGUGCCCAGGUUGUAGGAAAUGUUCUUCUUUUGCUUAACAUCAAGUGCAUUUUUUUUUUUUACAGUUUUAUUUAAUUUUGCUAGCUCUUUCUUAGGUGAGUUUCACACGGUUUUCAGCUACACUCUCACUCCUGCCUGAUGCUGGGUCCCCUGUAUGUGGCUACUUGCUUCUGGAUAUUUUGAAAGCUUUAUGUAUUUUGUUCUCACUGUUCAUAUUUGAUAUUUGUGCUUCAGUGUUUUUGUAUUUGUUUUUUUCUGUGGUUUUUUUUUUUUUGUGUCUUUUUAAUAUACAUAAAACAGUCA